CUCCCGAACGUCGCCGCUGUUAGUAUACCACGCGCGCUCGUCCACAUCGGUUCGUUGGUCUGGCCGUACAAAACCGAGAAACGAGGAAGGACAUUUGAGAUAUAUAUAUAUAUAUACAUACAUACAUUGUGUGUGUUCGCGCUUACGUCGUCGUCGUCCCAUCUGAUCGCGGUGUAUAAUAGUAGUCGGCAACAGCAGCGGCAGUAGUAGUCUCUCCGUGUGCGCGCGUACAGUCAGUCGUUUGCAGUCUCGCCGGCUGGUACGACAUGCCGUCCGUUCGUCGGCAAUACAACAACAACAACAACGAGCAGCAACAGUACUAGUGCAGUUGAUAUCGUUUUUUUAUUUUUUUUUCCGAACUGUGCGCCCGCGACGACUUGACGAUUUUCGUUGUCCGUAGCAGCAAAAAAAAAAAAUGUUAUCGGAAUAGAAGAGAGAAUAAACUAGUGAUUUUUUUUUUUGUUGAGAUUUAAAAAAAAAAAUUUAAGAGAAUUUUUUUUUUUUUUAAUCCAUACGCGUCCCGCCGAGACUUCUUUGACCGUGCGAAAAAUAAUUUUUUUUACGAGUGUAAAUUAAUUUUAUUAAAUUUAAUAUUUUUCGUCCACCGACCGACACGAUGGUGCCCAAACAAGAGAACCGCGACGACACGACGGAUACCAACGCGGACGUUACGCAGCAACCGCUGUUCGGAUCGCAGCUCGUCGACGAAAAUUCACCGACACCGUACUCGGACGCAACACAGACAAAAAAGAACAACCCGAACCACAUCAAGAGGCCGAUGAACGCGUUCAUGGUGUGGUCACAGAUCGAAAGACGCAAGAUUUGCGAACUGCAACCGGACAUGCACAACGCGGAAAUAUCGAAGAAACUCGGUAUGCUGUGGAAGACGUUAUCCGAAGAACAGCGCAAACCGUUUAUCGAAGAAGCCGAACGAUUGAGGCUGAUGCACCUAAAGGAAUACCCCGACUACAAGUACAGACCCCGCAAGAGGACGCCCAAGAACGCGGCCACCGGUGCGCCGCCGUCGGCCGCCACCGCCACGGCUGUGACCAAGCCGCAGUUGACGCCCCAGUCCAAGUUCCGGAAGAACAUGUGCAAAAAAUACGCCAACAACAUUAGCCGCGUCACGUCCACGGUUCAGUCCGGCGCCGUCCACCUUCUGGAGACGACCGGCAACAGUCACAGUGCCGCCGCCGGAAGGACGUCGUCGUCGCCGCUGGACCCGAAAUCGUUCUUCCGCCGCAACCCAAUCAUACAGGUGAACAGGAUGAGCCCCGUCAACCCGGACCGGCUCAAGUAUCACUUUACCAUCGAGACGUCCAAACCCAAAGACCUGUUGACGGCGACCGAGGUGCGCAUACCCGCGUCCGUCAACGCCAAGGUGCCCACCAGUCCGACUUGCGACUCGCCCAAUUCGCCGGAAAGCGCCACGUUCUACGACGAAUCUCCGGCGUCGUGCUACGACAGUAAGCCGCUCAAGAUAAAAGUACUCAACCCGCUGAACACGUCCGCCACGAUAACCGUGCUGCCCGAAACCGACAUGAUGGACGCCGACGACGACGACGACAUGCUGCUCAGUCCCGGCUCGGCGUCCCUGAUGUCGGACCACCAGAUGGACAUGCACGCGUCCACCGCCGACCUCAUCUCCAGGAACCUGAUGAAGGACGACCUGCUGGUGAAAGCCGAGCCGAACACGUCGUCGCCAUUCUUCAAGACGGACAGCCCGUCGUUCUUCGUCAAGGAAGAGCCGUUGGACUGCGAGUCCGAGACGGCCGCCCUCGGCCGAGUCGGCGAGAACCCGUCCCUGGCCGACCUCGACUCCCUCACCGACCUAAUCCAGAUGCCGUCCGACUUCAAGAUGGACAUCGACUGCCUGGCGUCCGACCUCAACGGCGGCGGCGACGGUACCGGCGUCCGGCAGAGCUCGCAUUUGGAGUUCUCGUGCACGUCGGACAUGACGGACAUCCUGUCGCACAUGGGCGUCACCGCCGACUGGGAAGACGGUCCGCUCGGCCGCCUCAUCAACGGCUGCUGAAGCGGCGUGCGGCCAUCGUCGUCCACCUGCCCCUACAUUAAAAAUUCAGGUAUUCUGUGAUUGGUUAUUUUUUUUUAAAGUUAAUUUAUUCAUUUAAAUAUUACGUUUCUUCUUCUUUCUUCAUAUGAAAUUAUUAUAAUUAUUAUUAUUUUUAUUAUUAUGUAUAAACAUAUAUAACAACAAAACAUAAAAACGCGUUUGGAGUAAUAAAAAUUGCAUACAUUAUAUUUAUAUAUCUAUAUAUAUAUAUAUAUUAUACAUCUCGCUCGUUAUUUUUUACUAUUGAUAUCACAUGGUUUUAUUUUUUAUCUUUUGAUUAAUUUUUUUCCCCUUUUGGCGCAUCCCUCACACGUGUACAUUUUUUUAUGUAAUACGUUUAAAAAUAUUUAAUAAAAAUACGAUAUAAUAUUAUAACGCAUACCUUGUUUUUUUUAGCACAGCGUAAUUAAAAAAAAAAAUAAUAUAACACAAUUUAAUUUCUUCCGUACACAUGCUGUGUUGUUUUAAUAUUUCUAGUUAAGCUUUAAACGAUUUCGCUUUAAAAAUACCUUUUGAAUAUUUUUAUUUUACUCCAAGUGUGAACAUUUUUUUUUUUUGUUAAGAUGUUUUUAUUUAUAUAUUUUUUAAUAAUUAUCACGUUGUACUAUAAUAAUAAUUAUACUGUUGCUUAAGUGUUGAUACGUAUAUAGGGUGCUUCCAUUUUUAUUUCAAAAAAAAAAAAAAAAAAAGCUAAAA